CGCCGGCGAAGUCUGGCGGCAUUUUCUGCAAGGGGCAGGCGGGCAGAGUCUUUUCACGGGGAACUUGGCGGCUUUGCGAAAAACGCUGCUGGAGGAAACGCUCCGGAAUCCGUGCAGGAGAGAAAUUCUCACUAUGGCGGACCUAGGAAAGAAAGGCUGGAGUCAUGGUUACCGAAAAACGGGUUCUCACUGGCAUCUUCUCUCGAAAAGCGGCAUUCUGGCCAAACUGACGACGACCCACGAGAAGCGGCUGUCACACGCGAGGGGCAACGGAACCGCGGGAGUUCACCGUCGGCCCGGAAAGUAUGUCCGGCCUUCUGGAGUGACUUCGGCAUCUCUCGACAGAUCCGCGUCCUUCGCGGAGCGAAACAGUGCAAUUACCCGGGAAAACCGAUUCCUGGAGGCAGUCUGUGAGACAGACGUUUGCAAGAAGGGGGUUCGCCGACAUCCUCGCCCGAACUCUGGGCGUUCCACCGCGAAAGACGCCCGUGUAGGAAGGCGAAGAAUCCUAUUAGCCAGAAGAGACAGCCUGGGAAAAACCCUGGGUUCUUCCUCUCGGAAUGCAUCUACAAGUGUUGAACUGACGGAGUCAACGGUCCACAUUUGGCGGCCACGCGCACUUGCGGCGUCUCCCGGGUGUAUGUACUGCUCAGACCUGCGCGCCUCCGGUGCUUGCGUUGGGCAGCUGCGAACGGAGAGGCGCGAAAUCGCCUUUGUCUGACUUUCGACCCGGCUUUUUCUCUUCGCCUUCGUUCGCUUUCCCGCCUUUUCUGCCUUCCCCCCCCCAUUUACCUUCUGGAACCUUCGGGGCGCCAUGGCUUUUUCCGGUCUCGCGGCGAUGGCCUCCCCGCCGGCCGCCACCCGCGCUCAACUCGUCUCGCGUCGAUUCCUUUCUGGCCGUCUCGCCUGCCCCAGCGCCGUCUCUCUCACUUCGGGAGCGCCUUUCUCGUUCGCAGGCGCAGGUCCUUUCUCACGAUGCAGCAUCCUCACUAGAAACCCAGCGGCCUCCCCCUCCUGCCUUUCCAUACAGACACGCUUCCUCGGCAACAGGGCAACUGGACCUCAAUUUGAUAUCCUGGACCCCAAAAGCAUCAAUCUGCGCGAGGAGGCGCGCUACGUCUGCCGCCUCUUCUCCGUUCCGACACUGAACUACCUCGACUUCAAGCAGGGGUGCUCGUCGUUGCGAGUUUUUCUUUUCCUCGCCAUGAUGGCUGGCAUCUCUCUCGACCUGCUUCUCUUCCAUCCCCCCAAAUCUUCCUACUGGAACCGCUUCCACCUCCACCGCUUGCCGCUGAACGCAGAACGUCUGUUGUUUCCGGGGAAAGGCAAUGUUUAUGAGUACACGAAGAAUGGCACCAAAGUCGAUCCGGACACAGGCGCAGUCGCGACCGAAGCGUGCGCCUCCUUCUUGAAGCUGAUGUACGGCGUCUCUCUUUAGAGUUGCAGAAAGAGACAACCACGAAGGCGGAGAAGCCUGGACGGAGCCCUGGCAAGUGACGAGUGACCGCGGCUUCUGCACAGAGCGCAGAACUCCCUUCACAGAGAGAGCAGGAACGGAACGACACGGCGAAAGCUACAACAAAACGUCGACCUGGAAGGCGAAGAGACCAGCAAAAGCCGCGAGUCGAGGAAAGGAGAAGCAACGAGACAAGAGCAUCCGGGAAUUAGAGGAGGGGGAAAAACGAACAUAUUCGGUGGGGACAGGAUGUAGGGGAGAGAAAAUGAGGAUUUGUUGUUGUGGAGGAAACUCGUUCUGUUCAGAACCGCGUUUCGCCAGGCCCAUUUCGUUUGUUCAAUUCGUCUUCAAGCAAAGAAGCGCCGAGGUCUCUUCGUUCUUUCUUCUUCUCUCUUGCCGUUCUUCUUCUCUGUCUCUCCUUUCUUCGAGCUCCAUCCAUUCUUCUUUCUCCUUCCUUCUUUCUCUCUUCUUUCUCCUUUUUCUUCUCUCUUCUCUCUAUAUGCUCUCAUCUCUUUUCGUUCCUCUUCACUCUCUCCUCUUUUCUCUCUUUCUUCUCUUUUCUUCCCAAUCGAUCCAUCGAGCGCUUAACGAUGUAGUCUUCGAAUGUUUUCUAGUUUACCUGACAAAACAUACUCACUGUCGUUCGGUGGCAGUCACAGACGCUUGCGCCAUUCCGCAGUGCAUCCAGUUGCUUAACCACGC